AUGAGAUGGGUUCGUAAUAAUCUUUCCAAGGAGGCGCGCAUAUUUAUUAACGUACGCGACUUUCCCGCAGCCAUGUUGAGUAAACCAGAACGCAUUUUUCAAGUGGUUCAUUACUUGUCUUCUUUACCACAAACUGAGCGUCCCUUUGGUUUGAUGUACGAGGAUCCAUCAGGUAAAUCUAUGCCAGAACAACUUGGAGUCUGGACGGCAGCCAUUCGUAAAGAAAUGGACGACUGUGGUUUUAAAGAUGCAAAGCUGUUGGUACAUGUUCACGAGCAAUGGGGAAUGGCAGAUAGCAGUGUGUUGGCAUGCCUCGCCAGUGGUGCAGAUGGUAUAUGGGCAAGCUUGUGUGAAGAAGGCGCCGCUAUGGGUCAUUCCUGUUCAAGCGUGACCAUAAUGAAUUUAGUCCGCCUCGGAAACAAAAAGUUUUACAACAGUACAAUUGUACGUACCUCCGCAAAGCGGCCCAAGAGAUCACCACAAUCACAACUGGGCUUGAUUCAGGUCACAGGCAGGUGGUGUAUGGGGAAAGAGCUCUAGAUUUGGUCUUCGGAAUGCCCAACUUCCUUUUAAACAAGAACGAAUUUGACCUUGCUGAGUUCUUUGGUGAGGAGCCUCCCUUACGAAUGACUACUUUGGCCUCGCCCCAGAUGAUCGCAGAAAAACUGAGGCGUGUCUUUGGCGAGGACCCACAGUUCACGGAGGAAAGAGGAAAUAUAAUGAAGGAAGUAAUGUUGGAAGACCUUAAACAUAACAGAAAAGAGGAAUACAUGAGUGCGGUUGGUCUGGCGAUAUUGUUUGAUCGGUCUGGUGGCCAACUAACCUCUGCCAUGAGCGAUAUCAUCGCCCAGGAUGAUCUCGAAGAAGCCCACGCGCAACAUUUGAUUACUGAAAUUCGGAAGAUCUGGGAUGAAUGGGAUCUUAGGGAAGAGAGCCAGCAAGAUGAUGCGUUGGAGUUCGAUUCAUUCUACAAUGGCUUCUUGGCACCAUACUUCAGCUGCUAUAGAUGCGAUGAAACGAAGCGUGCUCUAAAAGCCAUUGACAUGGAUGAAGACGGAAAGGUGGAUUGGAACGAAUUCGCCUUGUACUUGAAGUGGGCCGUUCGCCAGUACCCUGAGACCAAGACUGCUGAGGAUCUGCUGUCCAUUGCCUUCCGCAAGGGCCUUAUCCCCGCCAUGCAAGACGUGGUUCUCCAGCAAACUGUAGACGUAGAAUAA